GCCUUCUGUAGAGAACCAGGCCUGCCUGAUAAAUACCGGAGCUAGACAUAGUUUUUGCUGCCGUUGAACUGUAGCCUAUCCUGUGGUGCCGGGAUCUGCUGCCGUCGCUGGAUCCUCGGUGACUUGGUGAAGUUAGACCCCGAGGGCAGUUGCUGCCUCUCUCUAGUACUUUUGCUGACAGUUUUAUCAUGGCAUCCUCCUUGAUCAGCCGUCAGUUUGCUCUCUCCCUGCAGAAAAACUUGUGGCUCGGUGCUCCAGCAUGCAGAUAUGUCAGCAAGGCAGCACGGAAGACCCAGCUGGAGUUUGACUACGAUGGACCUUCCAUGAAAACUUCAGUCCCUGGACCACGAUCACAAGAGCUGACAAAACAGCUGGGAGAGAUUCAGAAUGUUGGUGCAAUCAACUUCUUCUGUAACUAUGAGGAGAGCAGGGGGAACUACUUGGUGGAUGUGGACAGCAACCGUAUGUUGGAUAUCUACACUCAGAUCUCCUCCAUCCCAAUUGGUUACAACCACCCUGCUCUCCUCAAACUGAUGGCCAAUGCCAACAGUCUGAGUACACUUGUCAACCGACCUGCCCUGGGAAUCCUGCCACCUGAAAACUUUCCUGAAAAGAUCACUGAAAGUCUUCUCUCAGUGGCUCCGAGUGGAAUGACUCGUGUGCAGACAAUGGCCUGUGGCUCUUGCUCCAAUGAAAAUGCUUACAAAGCUAUGUUUAUCUGGUACAGGAACAAGGAGCGAGGCCACAACAUACCAUCUGAUGAAGACCUCAGCACCUGCAUGAUAAAUCAGGCCCCUGGGUGCCCAGACCUCAGUAUUCUAUCUUUCAUGGGAGGUUUCCAUGGAAGAACCAUGGGUUGCUUGGCAACAACACACUCCAAAUCAGUCCACAAGCUGGACGUGCCGUCAUUUGAUUGGCCAAUCGCCCCUUUCCCCAGACUGCAGUACCCACUGGAGGAGUUUACCAAAGAGAACGCACAGGAAGAGGCUCGCUGUCUGGAGGAGGUGGAGGAUCUGAUUGUGAAGUGGAGGCAGAAGGGGAAGCCAGUCGCUGGGAUUGUAAUUGAACCAAUCCAGGCUGAAGGCGGAGAUAACCACGCCUCCCCAGACUUCUUUAGAAGCCUCCGCAACAUUGCACACAAGCAUGGCUGUGCUUUCCAUGUUGAUGAAGUCCAGACUGGUGGAGGGAGUACAGGAAAGUUUUGGGCCCAUGAGCACUGGGGCAUGGAUGAUCCUGCUGACAUCGUCUCUUUCAGCAAGAAGCUUCUGACUGGGGGCUACUACCACAAGGAUGAAUUACAGGCUGACAAGCCAUACCGUAUCUUUAACACAUGGAUGGGUGACCCAUCAAAGAACUUGCUACUGGCUGAGGUUCUCAAUGUGAUUCGCAGAGAAAACCUUCUGGAGGAGGUGAUGCGUUCUGGGAAAGCCUUGCUAAACGGCCUUUAUGAGCUACAGGCUCAGUACCCUGGCAUAUUGAGCCGUGCUCGAGGACAGGGGACCUUCUGUGCCAUUGAUAUACGUGACGAUGCAACACGCAACAGCCUCCUGCUCAAGGCCAGAGACAAAGGUGUACUCCUGGGAGGGUGUGGGGAUCGAUCAAUCCGUUUCCGUCCUGCACUGAUUUUCAAGGAGUACCAUGUUCACAUCUUUCUCAACAUCUUCAAUGAUGUGUUGGCCCAGCACAAAUAAAUCCUGAUCCUAAAGGAACCGGACUGACACUACAUGAGCCUGACUUAAUCCAGAAUGGAGAGGGAGGGAAACAGUCCAUGUCAUGAUAAGCACAAUCCAUACAAUAACUCACACAGAUAUCCCUUAUGUUCCAAGAUCCAGGCCCAGGUGAGUUUCUAACAUUGAAGACUGACCAAUAUCCGUAGCAAGAAAUGAUAAUGAUGAUAUACUUUUGCUACCAUUUAGAUGUACACAACAGGUGCCAGUGGGUAAUACCGCAGUAACUUAAGAUUUCUGUAAAAUCAACCUUACUGCAAUGCAAAUAAUUUUCUCAUCUGGAUUCAUGUUCUUAUAUAUGGAUUAACCUGACAAGCAGUACUCUGGAUGAAGUCAUGACAGAUAUAUAAAUCUAGUACCUUUUAUUUCACACUUUACUGCCUGAGAUUCAGAGGUAUGGAACCAGGCCAAAAUGUGGGUCUGUUCCUUUAAAAGGUAGCACAACAUUAGAUAAAUGUAAAUAAGAUGUCAAAGAUCCAACCUCCGUAUUAACCUCUCUUAAUGGAUCAGAACAAAAUCUUUUGUACAGCUUCUUUUAGUGCUCAUAUGCCAACAUCAUCCCACCACCUGAUAGUUAGCCUGUGUGCUUGUUUUAAAGCUGCACAUAAAAAAUAUUUUUUUGUCAUAUUUGUUGAAAUUUUCACUGUGUCCUGGCAGUAGUAUAUGAGACGGAUAAUCUGUUAAAAGAAGCAGGUUCCCCUAGCUUGUUCUAUUUUUAGCUUGAAGAUAGUUAAUUGUUGAGUCUCAUACCCAGGGUCCCAAAGCAUCUGUAUUUGAUGCCCUGAGAAUGUGACUCAACAAUCAGUUAUCAUAUGUCUUGGCUCUAAUUGGUUGCUUUUGUUAAAACCUGGUAGAUUCUUGCAAUGCCAUUAGGAGCAGUACAACAAACCAGAGGAACCUGAUUUUCAGAUUAUCUGUCUUGUGCUGCUGUCAGGAUAUAUGACAAAAAAAUACAAAAAAUGUUCCAACUGCAUCUUUAAGAAGGCAGGCAGAAUUCUGUGUCAGUUAUGAUACUAUGUAGGAGCACACAAAGCUAAGAUGUCAGCCUGCAUGUCAUUUAAUGCUUACCAUUACAAAUGUCCUUGUUAUGAUUCUGACUGGUGUGUUGAUCUUAAUAGAAAUUAUCUUUAGGCUUGAAAUGUUGUAGCCCAGAAAAAUGUGAAACAUAAAUGGACCACAAAAAUGUCAUAGAUUAUUUAGUGCCUGCAUGUAACUUAAAUGUGCUAAUAUUUUUUUUUCUUUUCUGUUUUAUUCUUUGAAUGCCCGAGAGCAGCCAUUGGUAACCUUAACUGAACAAAACUUCUGAACACAUUCACUUUACUCUUGAAUGAGAGCUUCAUAUCAGCUGGCGCGUUUGUUUCUGAAAACUCGUUUACUUUUACUACUUGGUUAUGAUUUUGAAUUUAACACUUUAUGACAGAACAGAGAGAGUUUCCUUAAUUUAAAGCACAGUUUCAGUUUGCACCAAGCUGUUUCUGAGAUGUUGAAUGUUGCUUGUCAUAUUGAUAAACAUGGUGGUCCCUAAGGAGCAAACACUUGCAUAAGCAAAAGCAACAACAUUAAGGAAAUGUGCUCCAAAAUCCAAAAUUACUACAAACUGAAAAACACAUUUAAGAGUUAUAACACAAAUACUCAGACAAAAUGCAACAAAUAAUAAAACGCAUACAAAUGUAAAAAGACAAACAUGGACUUGUGCUUAUACUUCAAGCAGUUAACUGUUUAUCCUAUAUUAGGUAGCCUACUUGCUAAAGUUUGUGCAUUACGUCUAAACAUGCUACACUUAAUUGUGUGUAAUUCCAUAAUAAUGCUUUUUUACAUGAGCUUUGAAUAUACUGCUACAUGAAUUUGCAUUCAGGGAUUAUUAGAAGGUAUUGUAGAAGACAAUAGUUUGUUUAAAGUUAAAAGCAACUGUACUUGCUUUAGAUUCUUGAAACCGUUUUGCUCUCAUCCAAAGGCCAGAUGUGAUAUAGUAUGACCUUGAUGACUAAACAUUUUUACAGACAUAGUCAAUAGUUUUUAAUUAAACAGGUAGCCUCAGACUCAUUACUUGCCACAUUUGGAACUGUCAGAUCCCCUGAAAACACCUGCAAACAUUUCCAAUAAUGCAUUAAUCUCAGGGCAUCCUGAUAGCUCACCUGAUAGCGUUGGCACCUUUGUCUCUUUGUGGCAGGACAGGCUGUAAUGGGCUCAUUACUGCCCCCUGAGACUAGAGGGCAGGAAACAACCAUUGGUACUUGCAACCUCAGUUAUAGUGGGUUUUUCCCAACCCAAGCGUUCAGAAGUAAUACUGUUUGGAAAUCCUAUCGAUUCAAUUCAAUUCAAUUUUAUUAGUAUAGCACCAAUUAUAAAUGACAGUGUCCUCAGUGUCCUUAGUGUCACUAACUUUUCAAAUGGCGGCAAGGAAAAACGUCCUUUUAAGAGGCAGAAACCUUAGACAGACCCCAGCUCUAAGUGGGUGGCGGUCUCCCUUGACCAGUAAUGUUGAGAGAGGGAGAGAGAGGGAGAGGGGGGUAAAGAGAGGACAGAGACAGAGACAAAAGUGCACAGCAACAACGUUGGAGGUGUUUCAAACUGUAUUUUUCAAGUUUACAAAAACAUGAAAAUUAACUGGCAUGGUUAACUUCCACACCUCAGAUAAAGAGCAGCACGCAGCCAGGAACUAACCCAUGCAGUGGAUGACACAUACCCAAACUGUAGCUCAGUUCCUCAGCUUGAACUUAAAGCACAGGUCCAUCAAACAGGGUGGUAUAUAAAGACAUCAGGUAAUGGGUGAAUACAAAGAUGUAGUACAUAAAGUCUAACAGCACAAAUUUUAUAAAUACUUGUGGAAUUUAAUCUAAAUCUUCUGGAGUUGAUGCUCUGCUGUAGAACACGUCAGACCUUCAUCAGUGUCUGUGAAUGCCCCAUGGAGCUUUUAGGCAAGUGUUAGGAAUGUGUAGCAGUUCAUAAAAUAAAUAAAUAAAUGAUGUAUUAAUUUCUUAAUAAUUAUUAAUUCACUCCAAUUGUGUAUAUAUGGAUAUAUUUACAUCUUUUUACAUUAAUGUUGCAGAAAUUAUAUCCUGUAAGCCUGAUGUGAAGUUUUUGUUAUACAUAAUUCCCAGAGUCAGUUUGUUUGUAUGAAUGAAACGUGAAUUAAAAUGAAGAUUUAAUGAAGUACAUAGGGUUCACGGUGGAGCAAUGCGAUGGUGAUGAUGACAUCAGUGCCUGUCUCCUUGUUGUCAGUAUUUGUCAGUAUCCAUGAUGACCUUUAACUUGUUUGACAUUAACUAUUUGCACUUGUGAUCUGAGAUAGAUGAUUGAAUUGAUGUGAUGAUUUUUAGAUGGCUCUAUUAUGCUGUUAUUGUCUACAAAACAUUCUGUCCAUGUACUGUGAUAAAAUAAAUGUUUUGAGUAACUGAG